CUAGUACUGACCCAAAAACAGGCAUCCUCAAACCACUUCCCGAGAAUCAACUGCCGGAGAGCAAGUAAGUAGUGCAAAAUCGUCGUUGUAAAUGCCUUAGGUUUAAGUUGACAAACAUACUGUGAAAAUAGUGUGCUAACCUUCUUGUUUAAUACGAGAAACUACGUUGAUAUCACAUCAAAAGUGAAGAUGUUCGGCAUUUUUGAUGCGUGCCUGAGUCAGUGCGUGGGCGCUUAUCGUGCGAAACAAGUGCUGCACUGUGGUGGUGCUUUUGCAUAGGUCGCGCGGCAAGUGCGUUAUAUUGCAGGAUAGGAACGACGUGGAUCCGCAAUGACAGUAAGUGGCUCAAAAGCAAUAGCUGAGUGAGGUUCUGCUCGUGCGUCAACCCUAGCAAGUAGAAGAGCAGUUGUGUGCUGCAUGCUGAGCAAGACAAGCUGACAGAGCAGCAGUUUUUUCGUACGAUAAUGAUCAGGGUAAGCGUGACGAGGAGAAGACGGGCGAACUUCUCGUGGGCGUGUAUAUCCUGGGCAGAAACGUCCCGCCCCCGACAUUGUCUGUCACCGGGGCAAAUUUGUUGCAACAGGCCACGCAUCAAGGAAGUUUUGGCUGUUGCGCAUGACAAGUCCACUCUCGCAGCGAUGUGCUCGAGUUCGGCGAAUCAUGCUGCCGCGCCGCAAUACUAAGUAAAUCGAUCACCUUGAUAUCCAGACUCUUCGCAUGACAAAUUCCAAAAUAGCCGAUACUUAGUACCAAAAAGCAAACACUUCUCAUGUUGCUGCGUGCGAGAAAAAUCACUACUCAGGCAUGCGCGUUUGCAUGUGAAAACUGGGGCGGGGACGUUUCUACCCAGGAUAGAGGAUGACAAACCGACUACCGCGUCGAAGUCUACCACUGCGUCGACGGAUUAUGAAGUGCAGACAUGUCUGGGCCGGGAAACAGAAGAAAAGCUUAUCAGUGAUCUCAUGUAUACUCUGGCAUACGCAUUGGUCUUUUUACUUCCGCUUAGGAGCCUCAGUAGAGGUCCAGAGGUGAAGAAAAAAGUCAACUUGUCAUGCAUACCUACAUCAAUCUUCACACAAAAUUCCGAAUUUGCCAUGCGUGGCUAGCAAAAUGAAAAUGGGGAGCGUUUGCAUCCAAUGACGGCGCCCAAGCAUGUUUGCACGUCAUCUUCCCACGGCAAUCGCUGCUCCGCGGGUUUUCGUCAACCCGGACAUGGUGGCUCCAGGUGCUGUAUCAAAUGCAAAUAUGUCUGGGUCUGGAAGAAUGGAAACUUCUCUUCUAUGCAUAUUUUCCAUGCCCCAUGAGGUUUGGAAUGCAGGACCUAGCUGCAUGACAGGUUCUGCGACGUCCCUAUCAUGCUUAUCCUGCAUGACAAACUGCCUCUAACCUUGUUCAAAACUGGACAGCUUUUGGUAGCCAUGCAACACAAAUUUUUGUACGAUCCACACCUAGCAUGACAAGGUCGCAUCCUCCCAGGACCAGACAUAUUUGCAAUGCAUAUGCGGGUAAGUCGAUUGUGCUGUGCAUGCUGUUAGCGGUGUCGAAUUUCGCCUUCCCCGAGAACCACAAUCCGCCCCUCGCUAUCGACUGCAAAGGUUCGUGCUCAUCCUCACUGAUUGCCAUACAGCAUGACCACCUUCCUUUUGUACCCAAGUGCGGCCAUCUACCAGUUUGAGUUUCGUUUUUGCCUAUAUGAAAAAAAUUGUGAUGCAGGAGCAGGACAUUGACAUACUAAGCAGCAUUAAGUAGUGCGAUCCACCUUUGCAAUGCAUACUCGCGGAAGUGUCUGGCAAGGCGGUAUAUCAAAUGUAAAAGUGUCGGGGUCUGGAAGAAUGCAAGUUUGUUAUGCUUGUCUGGCAUGACUCUUAGAUUUGUCAUGCACGUUAUCCAAGAGCUCCGCUUUUCUGUGAUGCAGAAGCGAAGUUUGCCAUGUAGAAUAGGCAAAACCUAGGAGCUCAGAAACUUGUCAUGCUGAGCCAGCAUUUGUAGCCUCAUCAUGAAACGCCACCCAGCAUCACAAGUUUCCAGACCCAGACACUUUUACUUUAGAUACGGUAAUCCUUUGUCCGGCCACGGAUGCGUCGAAGUACCUGUCGUUGGAGGCCCGCAUCCAGUAUGAACUGCAAAAGUAUCGUACUUGUAGAAAUGCAUAUACAAAUUUCUUCAGCAUCAGCAUGACAAAUAAAAUUUGUGAAGCAGAUUUGUCUACUUGGGAACAAGAUCUGUAAUGCAAGGCUUGCAUGUUUUAUACGAGUGCGAUACUUUUGCACAGGAUAUCCAGGCCUGGGUCAAGUGGAUGUUCCAGUUUGUCAUCAGCACGGCGCAUCAAGAUAUGCAUUGCAAACAUGUCUGGGCUUGGAAGGGUGCAACUUGUGAUGCUGUUCGUAGAUUCUUCAAAGAUCUGUAUUGCAUGACAAGGAAAAAAAGCAUUCCAGUUUUUUCUACAUGUAGAGGGAUUUUCUCGGGCGAUACAGGUAUGAGAGAGCCCUCAUAGAAUCUGUGAUGCUAGGCAUGCAUCACACAGAUCAUGGGAAUGUUGCAACGGUUGACGUAAAACUUGCAUGACAAAUAUCUUUACACUUUUCCAUUCCCAGACAGAUUUGUUGUGGAUAGAAGACCCGGUUUCCUAUACCGUGCUGAAGGACCUGCAUGCGAAGAUGUCGAAGUACAAGCCGCCCGCGAAAACCGGCGAGGAGUAUCGUGAGCAAAAAUCUCCCCUCCACAUAUCGAAACGGAUAUCUGUGAUACUGGAUUUUGCGUAUAAAAAUCUACUUGUAUUUCUGCUAGAACGCCGAAGAGAAGCAGUCAUGGCUCCCUGAAUCGAAGAAAAUUUGUCAUGCUGGUUCUCACUUUCAGUUGCCUCCUGUCAGGCUGGCGAUGCAGGGCCUUCCCACGCCAGCCAGCACUACAGUCCGCACCUUUAUUUGCCUUCUCGCAUGACAACGUGAUUUGUGGUGACAAAUCAUCACCAUUUUGAUAUGGGGAGGGGGGAUUUUUCUUUUUGAUAGGGAGCUGCGGUUGUUCGCGGACUUCUGCCGGGACCAACUCCAGGGCUGAGGCCCCUGGACGCAGCUGGCGCCAGUUGAGUACUAGAAGACUGAUAGACAGAAACAAAGGAGAAAAGUCUUUUUGUUGAGAAUUGACGAGGCAUUUCUGUUGUCCACAUACUCAAACUGCACCGGAGAACUUUCCGCCAAAAAAUCUCAAUUUUCAACAACAACAACAACAGCAACAGCCUGAGACUUUCAAAAUGAAACUGUCAAAACUAAGAGGAUUGGCCAGGCUUGAGCAGCUUAACAAAGAAAGAAAGAGAAAGAGAUCCGCACAAGCACAGCACCGACCUGAAGACAAAGUCAAUCAGUUUAAGUCCUAACCUCGCAGUACUACCGAAACAGUAUUAGCAAAACUAAUAAUUUUUAAAUGUUUUCAUCUCAAAAGCGACAUAUUUAUAUUUUGGAUUCGAGAACAACACGAAUUUUUUGGAACAGUUUUGGAAUUUUCAGCAGCGGCAAAUUAUGAAUGCUUGAAUGAAAAAGCUUAGGCUUUUCCGAGUGGUGCAAGCGCGAAACAAUGCAAAGUAAAAUUCGAACUUGAU